AUGACAGCUGAGAAAUGCAGCUCAUUCUGCUCAAAGUACAGCCACUUUGGCGUCGAGUAUGGCAGAGAAUGUUAUUGCGGUAACACAAUCCAGAGUCAAGCGCUCACGGUCGACCGCAGUGAAUGCGGCUUCACCUGCUCUGGGAACCCGUCGGAACUCUGCGGCGCUGGAAAUCGUAUGGAUAUCUACACCAAUCUGGGGUUCUCUAGUCCGAAACCCGCCACGCUCGUUGACCAUGUCUACUUGGGAUGCUUCAUCGACAACGGCGAUCGAGUACUUCCCAACAAGCCCUUCGCCUCUGACACCAUGACAGCGGCAUUUUGUGCUCAGCACUGCCAGGGUUACACCUACUUCGGUACGCAGUGGUCACGAGAGUGCUACUGCGGUAAUGUUGCGCCGCUGUCUACUGCUCCAGAGUCCGAAUGCUCAUUCCCUUGCUCCGGAUCCGAUGCCGAGCUCUGCGGCGGCGGCAUGAGACUCAGUGUAUACGGACCGCCGGUGGUAUCAACACUCCCCGGUACGACUCCCUCUCAAGGUUCAACGCCCUCUCCCGUUUCACCAGCAGCGGCAGUGGCCGUCUCUGGGUACAUUUACCAGGGUUGCUACACCGACAACCUGCCUCAGCGCGUUCUCACGGGAGACCUUGUACGCGAUCCCGCGAUGUCCCUCGAGAAGUGCGCCUCGUUUUGCAGCACCUCCCACUACACCUACUUCGGCGUCGAGUUCACAGGAGAGUGCUACUGCGGGAUGUCUUUAGAUGCAGCAAGCACAAAACAGACAGAGGUUGCGUGUGCAAUGAAGUGUGGCGGUGACAGCACGGAGAUCUGUGGCGACGCCAACCGCAUAUCAGUCUAUGCCCUACCGCAAACGUCAAUGAUUCCGGUCGUCAAGAACCUGGCAACAGUCGGCGGCUUCUACUAUUCCUCUUGCUGGGUCGAUAACGUGGAUGGACGUCGCUCGCUUUCUGCAAAAGACUACAGGGCCGACGAUAUGACUGCUGAAAAGUGUGCUACUUUCUGUCAGGGGUACAGCUACUUUGGGCUGGAGUACUCUCGAGAGUGCUACUGUGGCAACACCGUUGGCGGUUCCAUGGCUUCAGAGAAAGACUGUGGGCACGUCUGCGUGGGAGACUCUUCGCAAUGGUGCGGAGGGGGUGAUCGUCUCAGCCUCUACAGCAUCAAUCCGCCUGCCGUUUCGUCUUCGUCGUCUUCUAUAACCUCGACCAGCUCAAUUGACACGCCAGAUCACCUCCACAAGCUCCUCCAGUCCUACAGUAUCUACUACCUUGACAAGCCUAGAAUCUUCUGCAACUGCGACUUCGCCCACUGCUUCCUCUUCAUCGGAAACUAUGGGGAGCUCAUCAACCACAACUUCCUCAAUGCUUGA